CAAUAACGCCGGAAAUGCUAAUUCGAAUGCGAAAGAGGCAAUCAUUUUGCGCGCAGAUUUCUGGGAAAUUGAUAUUUUGGUUGGUAAUGUUUGCGAACGGACACGAACAUAGGUUGGGGAUCGGGGAUUUAAGAAAGCAGGAUAGAAAGUGUCAGUGCGAGGGUGUUAAAAGAAGGCCGGGUACAGCAAAAGUGACCAAUGAUUCGUUAGAUUGUUGAAUCGUAUUGGGCAUAGGUAAAGCCAAAGAAUCCUCUGUGGGCCGUUCUCUUGGUGACAUUAGCGUUGCAGUUACAGAAUGGAGCAAAACAACAGCUUGCCUCCCUUUGGUCAGGGGCUAGCCUCUCCUCAGGGGGCAAUGACGCCUGGCAUCCCCAUCUUCAGCCCUAUGAUGCCAUAUGGCACUGGGCUCACCCCCCAGCCUGUGCAGAACACCAACAGUCUGUCCCUGCUGGAGGAACAGCAAAGGCAGCAGCAACAGCAGGUUUCCACCCAGCAGGGAGGAGUACCUGGGGCCUCUGGGCAGACCCCUCAGCUCUAUCAUUCCCAGACUGUCACCACGACCACUGCGCUCCCAGGAAACACCCCCCUCUACACCACUCCACUCACCCCCAUGACACCCAUCACCCCCGCCACGCCAGCCUCAGAAAGCUCUGGAAUCGUUCCACAGCUGCAAAAUAUUGUGUCCACUGUGAACCUGGGCUGUAAACUUGACCUGAAGACAAUAGCAUUGCGAGCCAGAAAUGCAGAGUACAACCCCAAGCGUUUUGCUGCCGUUAUUAUGAGAAUACGAGAGCCUAGGACGACUGCUCUCAUCUUCAGCUCGGGGAAAAUGGUGUGCACUGGAGCAAAGAGCGAAGAGCAGUCUCGGUUGGCAGCCAGGAAGUAUGCACGUGUGGUUCAAAAGUUGGGGUUCCCUGCGAAGUUCUUGGAUUUUAAGAUUCAGAACAUGGUGGGGAGUUGCGACGUGAAGUUCCCCAUUCGACUAGAGGGCCUUGUGCUGACACAUCAACAAUUCAGCAGCUAUGAGCCUGAAUUGUUCCCUGGCUUAAUCUACAGAAUGAUCAAACCCAGGAUUGUGCUCUUGAUAUUUGUGUCAGGAAAAGUGGUACUUACAGGAGCAAAAGUUCGAGCGGAAAUAUACGAAGCAUUUGAAAACAUCUACCCCAUCUUAAAAGGAUUCAGGAAGACAACGUAAUUGGAUUAUUUGACUUUGUUAUUUAUUUUUUUAUUUUAUUAUUUUAAUUUGGCCGCCUUAAUGCCGACCUAUUUUCUAUUUGAUUGGAGACUAAAGUGGGAGGACUGUGUUGCCACUCGUGCAGAAGCCAAGAGCCCCACUAAUUCACUGCUAUGCUAUUUCAUUUCCAUUUGAGACUGUAAUUUCAUUUGCUUACAUCACGUGUCUUGCCUGGUUCACCUGGAAAUGUAGCUAGCUAUUUUUCCUUGGCUUUAAAGAAUUCAAUUUUUUAAAUAUGCUUUUAAGUUUUAGUGUUCUCUAGUUUUUACCUACCUUAUAUUUUAGAUGUUGCUCCCACCCAAUACAUUCCUCGGUGUCUGAUUCCCCAGCAGCCCUGUGAUUUGAAUAACACAAUUUCUACUGUAUUUGGAGAUUCCAAUGGUGUGAGCAAAGAUGUGAUCAUAUUACCAGAAUAUCUAUGAAUGUCUAUUAAUGAAGUACAAUGUAAAUUGGGGGUGAAAUGAUUGCAGAGCUAAAAAAGCAUUCAAACUUGAAUAUCUAGUCAUUUAUAGAACAAUUUCUGAAUUAAGCAGUUCUAAGAAAGUCAUAAAGUGUUUAGAUGAGAAUUACGUGUGCAUAUGGGGUUUUGCCUCUCCAUCUGUAAAAACCCUUUUCAGUCUCAGUUUUAUUUUGUUACAUGUAAGAAUGCAACUACUCUCUAUUCUGUUAUAGACCUCUCAAUUUAACUUCUUUAUGUUUUUAUUAGGAGUAUUCAGUUGUGUUCGGUUUGAAUUCUAAUUCUCAUAAGGUACAAGCCAGUAAGUAUAUUUGGCAUUCUACAAAGAACCGCCUCUCAAAAAGCACUUUUUUAUUAUUUGUGUCUGUACAGUAUUUCCUUUAUACAAGGAGCUCCCAUGUGUAUUGACUGUUAUAUUCCAAAUGAUUAAAUCUUUACUACUUAA